AUGGAUUCCAAGCAUUUCUUGUUCUUAUUUUUACUCUUUUUUAUUUCAUUUGUUACCUCUGAUUGUGAUAAAAUAAUAUAUCCAACUUGCAACUAUAGCACAUCAUGUAAAUGUCCUAAACUUCCGCAAGGACAAUAUUGUGGCAGCCAGCUAGGAUGUAAUCCGUGUAAUAUUUUCGAAUGUAAUCUUACUGGUGGAACCUGUGAAUAUGGUUAUAGUAUUGCGUGUUCGAAGUGCGGAGCAAAAAAUUGCUCAAUUAUUACCUCUGCAACACCUAUAGCGACACUUCCUGGAAACAGUUUUACAACACCAAGUUUGAAGCCAUCCGACUAUCCGAAUAACCCAACAAUAAGCGUGAAUCCGCUGAUAAUAACUAUAAUAAUCACUUGUAUAGCAACAGGCUUAUUUGGACUUUUAAUUUAUAGAAGAUGUGCGAUUCAAGAAAAAGGAGAAUGGGCUUAUUAA